GGGACUGACAGCGAGCGGAAGAGGAAGGAACGGGCCAGGCUGUGAGGUGGCAGCGGCUGCAGCGGCGGAACCGGCGCCUCGGGCCCUGGGGUCUGUUCCCCCUUCCCCGCCCUAGCCCUGCAAGGGGCGUCGGGGGCGCCGCUCCGGAGGACAGGAGCACGUCCCAGCCCCACGCCCUCACCCCCACUCCCCGGGACCGGGCUGGCCGCGGCCGCCAUACCCCGGCCGCCCGUUAUCCGCCCGCCGCCGCCCCUGGCCCGGCUGCAGGGGACUCGCCCUGGGGGCCUCGGGGUGUCCCUCGUUGUCCUUCGCCCACUGGCGCAGGCAGGGCUUUUGCCCCCGCUGACGGUCCUGAGAACGGAGUCUUUGCCCUCCUCUCCCCGCCGCGACCUCCAUUCCCGUCGCCAGAACGAACGGGGUCUCCCUGCCCCUCCUCUACAGCCCCGUGACGCAGCCAGUUUUAUUUCUGUUGUGAGACUAACGGCUAACACUCGCUUUGGGCCUUCUUUCUAGGACUAGAGUUGCUCUUUGAUUGCUGAGAGGUAGACAGGGGCGCCGGGCUUGACAACGGGCGCACCGGAAGCCAGCCGAGCAUCCGUGUGCCUUCACAGGAUCCCUGCGUUGUCGCUAGCUGCACCUCUUCUCGGUUCGGUUUGGUUCGGUUUGGGUACCCGGGGCUCUGGUAAAACCAAACACCGAAUCGCUCUUACGCGGCCGGGGUUACUGUCAUUGGCCUCCCGUCCCUUCUCAGAGGAUGGUGGGCAGCACCGGCCUCUCAGCAGCGGGGAUUCAGAGAAGAACACCCUGCAGAGUGGCUCCAUCAGCCAUUGUGCUCCUCUGAGAGGCUCUCCGCGCUGAGUCACCAGUGGAAAGGCCCUGACCCCAUCCCGGUGCUGGCCUUCAGCAGCCACUCAGCAGCCCCUGCAGUAAACUGAGUGAGACGUGGCCCCGCCAGGCGCUUUUUGGGAAAGGCCUGUGGAGUUAGGUUCCUCUAGCCGGGGGCUGUUGUGUUGAUGGAGCAUGUGCUUUUCCCCCAGCCCAUCUUUAUCGGUUGCUGCCAUCUCUUGGCUUAGAUCCAGACUACAGAUGUAUGUAGUCCUUUGGGGUUAGGUUUGACAGGAUUGAGUUUUAUUUCCUCUCGUUUUUCCUGGAAGCUUCACCAUGAGUGGGUGAAAUUGAUUCGAAUAUUUACUAUUUGGAUUGAGGGUUAGAGCGAGCACCUUGACAACAGAAGGCCAGGCAGACAUUUCCCGGGGAUACUGGGCCUGGAAGCAAACAUGCCUCGUUCUCUUGUUGACCUCAUUGACCCCAGGUUCCCUUGUUAAAACUGCAGACCUACUCCCGGCCAGGUGCCCAGUUACCCACUGAUCGAUCCUUGAGGCUGUGCCCUCUGGGGCACGCACAUGGCAGGGCCCACCGCCAUGCGACUGAGCUCAGUGUUGGCUCUGCUGCGACCAGCACUGCCCCUCAUCCUAGGGCUGUCUCUGGGGUGCAGCCUGAGCCUCUUGCGGGUUUCCUGGAUCCAGGGUGAGGGAGAAGAUCCCUGUGUAGUGGCUGUGGGGGAACCAGGAGGGCCACAGAAUCUAGACUCAGGAACUCAGCUUGACCAAAGUGAUGAAGACUUCAAACCCCGGAUUGUCCCCUACUACAGGGAUCCCAACAAGCCCUACAAGAAGGUGCUCAGGACUCGGUACAUCCAGACAGAGCUGGGCUCUCGCGAGCGGUUGCUGGUGGCUGUCCUGACCUCCCGGGCCACACUGUCCACUCUGGCUGUGGCUGUGAACCGCACGGUGGCUCACCACUUCCCUCGGUUACUCUACUUCACUGGGCAGCGAGGGGCCCGGACUCCGGCAGGGAUGCAGGUGGUAUCCCACGGGGACGAACGGCCAGCCUGGCUCAUGUCCGAGACCCUGCGCCAUCUUCACACACACUUUGGGGCCGACUACGACUGGUUCUUCGUCAUGCAGGAUGACACGUAUGUGCAGGCCCCCCGCCUGGCAGCCCUGGCUGGCCACCUCAGUAUCAACCAAGACCUGUACCUGGGCCGGACGGAGGAGUUCAUUGGCGCAGGCGAGCAGGCCCGAUACUGCCACGGGGGCUUUGGCUACCUGUUGUCACGGAGCCUCCUGCUUCGAUUGUGGCCGCAUCUGGAUGGCUGCCGAGGAGACAUCCUCAGUGCCCGUCCCGAUGAGUGGCUUGGCCGCUGCCUCAUUGACUCUCUGGGCAUCGGCUGUGUCUCACAGCACCAGGGGCAGCAGUAUCGCUCGUUUGAACUGGCCAAAAACAGGGACCCCGAGAAGGAGGGGAGCUCGGCUUUCCUGAGUGCUUUUGCGGUGCACCCUGUCUCCGAGGGAACCCUCAUGUACCGGCUCCACAAGCGCUUCAGUGCCCUGGAGCUGGAACGAGCGUACAGUGAAAUAGAACAGCUGCAGGCUCAGAUCCGGAACCUGACCGUGCUGACCCCUGAGGGGGAGGCAGGCCUGAGCUGGCCCAUUGGGCUCCCGGCCCCUUUUACACCGCACUCUCGUUUUGAGGUGCUGGCCUGGGACUACUUCACAGAGCAGCACACCUUCUCCUGUGCAGACGGGGCCCCCAAGUGCCCACUGCAAGGGGCUAGCAGGGCAGAUGUGGGCGACGCCGUGGAGACUGCUUUGGAGCAGCUGAAUCGGCGCUAUCAGCCCCGCCUGCGCUUCCAGAAGCAGCGGCUGCUCAACGGCUACCGGCGCUUUGAUCCAGCGCGGGGCAUGGAGUACACCCUGGACCUGCUGCUGGAAGCCGUGACGCAGCGCGGGCACCGGCGGGCCCUGGCCCACAGGGUCAGCCUGCUGCGGCCCCUGAGCCGGGUGGAGAUCCUCCCCAUGCCCUACGUCACCGAGGCCACCCGCGUGCAGCUCGUGCUGCCGCUGCUGGUGGCCGAAGCCGCCGCGGCCCCUGCGUUCCUGGAGGCCUUUGCAGCCGGUGUCCUGGAGCCGCGCGAGCAUGCCUUGCUCACCCUGUUGCUGGUCUACGGGCCGCGGGAAGGGGGCCGAGGGGCCCCGGACCCGUUUCUUGGGGUGAAGGCUGCAGCGGCUGAGUUGGAACGACGGUACCCUGGGACGAGGCUGGCCUGGCUCGCUGUGCGCGCGGAGGCCCCUUCCCAGGUGCGGCUCCUGGACGUGGUCUCCAAGAAGCACCCCGUGGACACGCUCUUCUUCCUCACCACCGUGUGGACCAGGCCCGGGCCCGAAGUCCUCAACCGCUGCCGCAUGAACGCCAUCUCCGGCUGGCAGGCCUUCUUCCCGGUCCACUUCCAGGAGUUCAGCCCCGCCCUGGCACCACAGAGAUCUCCCCAAGGGCCCCCGGGGGCCGGCCCCGACCCCCCGUCCCCUCCUGGCGCUGAGCCUGCCCGGGGGGCCCCUGUUGGGGGCAGGUUUGACCGACAGGCUUCCGCAGAGGGCUGCUUCUACAACGCCGACUACCUGGCGGCCCGAGCCCGGCUGGCCGGUGAACUGGCAGGCCAGGAAGAGGAGGAAGCCCUGGAGGGGCUGGAGGUGAUGGAUGUUUUCCUCCGGUUCUCAGGGCUCCACCUUUUCCGGGCCGUGGAGCCAGGGCUGGUGCAGAAGUUCUCCGCGCGUGACUGCAGCCCGCGGCUCAGCGAGGACCUCUACCACCGCUGCCGCCUCAGCAACCUGGAGGGGCUGGGGGGCCGUGCGCAGCUCGCCAUGGCUCUGUUUGAGCAGGAGCAGGCCAAUAGCACCUAGCGCGGCCCGGGGCCCUGCGCCUCCACUUAGGGCCCUUCGGCCUUAGCCCCGGCAAGCCCGGGCAACGUGGAUGGACAGAUGGAGGGCUUGUUGCUGUAUUUCUGAAUAAGAAAAUGUCAUUAAAAGUGUCUUCUGCCGAA